AUAUCAUUACGCAGUUUUUCAGACUAUAUAAUACAGGGAGGUGAUCCCACUGGUACUGGCCAGGGUGGUGAAAGUAUAUACGGGAAGCCUUUCAAGGAUGAGUUCCAUCAGCGUCUCCGAUUCAAUCGUCGCGGCCUUGUUGGAAUGGCAAAUGCUGGCAAGGAUGACAAUGGUAGUCAGUUCUUUUUCACUGUCGGUAACGAUGUUCGCGAGCUCGACAAGAAACACACCUUGUUUGGAAAGAUUGUUGGAAACACUGUAUUCAAUAUGCUGAAGAUGACUGAAUGCGACGUCGACGAAAACGAGAGACCAAGAACGAUACAUAAGAUCAAAAGCGUCGAAAUUCUCACAAAUCCAUUCACAGACAUCAAGCCAAAGCGAGCGAAAGAGAAGAAGGAGAAGAAACGUGAGAAGAAGCCAGUGGAGACAAAGAAGCUCAACUUACUCUCAUUUGGUGACGAAGCAGAAGAAGACGAGAUGGAGGUAGAUCAAGUGAAUAAGGUCUUGAAUAAGAAAGGGAAAUCUGCUCAUGAUGUGCUAUCCGACGAUGCGAAACUUAGCAAACAAGUAGCAGUCACUGCUGACGAGAUGGCGGAUUACGAACCGGAAGAGGACGCGGAGCGAGAUGCAUCAACGGUAUCUAGUAUACGUGCCAAAUUUGCCGCUAAAAGGAAGAUUGAAGAAGUGGAUGAUGACGGGAAGGAUGAGGACUUUGAGAAAAUGAUUGACGAUGAACGACGGAAACAGGAGCGCGAAAGAAUGGAAGCUAUGCAAGCUGAACUGAAGGCCAUGCAAAAGGAACACAUCAAAGCGCUACGAGGACCGAAACAGAAGCCCAAGGAAGAAGAAGAGGAGCAGUCGGAAGCUAUGAAACUUUAUCAUGGACUGAAACUGAAAUUCAAGUCGAAAUCGAAAGAUCUUGUGAAGACGAAAGAUCCGAAUCGUGAGAAUCAAACCAUGAGUAUGCUGGAACGAUUUCAAAAACGGCUGGCGGCAUCGAGUCAGUCGGCGAUUCUUCAUGAUAAAAAGGUUGUAAUAAAGGAAGACGAGGAGGAGAAACCUGAGGAAAAGAAGUUUGGAAUCGACCUGGAUGCAGAGGAUGUCGUGGGUGAUGAUUGGAUGGUUCACAAAUUUGAAGCGGAAGAUGAGGAUCCAAAUGUGUCGAAAGCAAAGGACGCUAAUCUACGAGAGGAAAGUGAAGAUUGGUACGAUAUUCAUGAUCCACGUAACAAGAUGAAUCAACGGUCGGGCGUGGAGAGAUCUAGGAAUCACGGAGAUCCAUUGCAAGCUUUUUUUCGUCAUGCUCUUUUACGAUCUCCACCUUCAGAGCUCAGGACAUACAUUCUUAUUACAAGCCAAAUGAGAUAUUAUUUGAUUGAUUGUCCCUCACUCAAUACCGACUUAAGAAACUGGCAUCGACUUGAGAAAGAGUUGAGCGUGAUGGUGUAA